GGCCUCCCUCCAAUCCCCACAAGCCCCAGCUCCCACCCAGGUCUCUUCCUGCCUGCCAUAAAACCAUGAAGCCAUCCAUCCAAGCAGCCAACCUUGCAGCCAUCUUCCCAGAGCCCAUCUGACGGUUCUUGACAUCAGCAGGUGCCAGAACCCAAGAUGCAUUCAUCCUGGAGGCUCUUCAUCCUCCUCACAUUGCUGGCUCUGCACAAGCAGCCUUAUCCUGGCCUAGCCCACGCCCAUCUGGACAGCAAAUCCAGCCUGGCAAGAAUUAUUUCCCAAGGCUUCAUGAAGCACAAUGCAGAGGACCAAAUCCAGAGCAUCUACCUCCAGGACAGUCUGAAUGACUCAAGGCAGGUGGCCUACGGGAUGGUGGGCUGGCUGAUUGGUGGCAUGAAACUGCGGCAGCAGCAAGAGAUCAGCAUCAACAUCACCAACGUGCAGCUGGACUGUGCUGGGAUCCAGGUGUCUUUCUAUAAGGAGUGGUUCUCUACAAAUAUCUCACUUGAAUUUGACCUUGAACUGACGCUGCCCUUCAAUAACAGCACCAUGCUGCACACAAGCAUGAACCUUGCUGCAGAGUUCUGGCUGGAGAAAGAUGAAUAUGGCCGGAGGGAUCUCGUGGUGGGCCAAUGUCGCACGGAGUCCGACGUCCAUGUGACAGUCCUCACUGAGUCUGUCCCAUACAAGAUGAAACAUUUUAUCCACAAGCUCAAAGAGAACAUAAGAAAAAUUAUCCCACAUCUGGUAGAAAAUCAGGUUUGUCCUCUCCUCGGUGACCUCCUCAGGCAGCUGGAUGUGAAACUGUUGAAAGAUCUCAUGGAACAGGCAGCUGCUGAUGAACUCGAUGAACCAUGAAUCCAGGCAACACCCGCUCACCCAGCUCAAGGCUCUUCUGCUGCCUGCUGUUGAUCAGAAGGAGACUCUACCCCUUGGGACCCUCAGUCUCCCUCAGCACAGGACUCCUGCUGUCCCUGGAAACUUAACCGCAGGCCCUUUAGACAUCCUGUCCUCUCCCACAAUAAACUGUAGCUCUGAAGGCUGCA